AUGGCCUCGUCCUCGGCCUCGCAGGAUACUCUCAUGCGUGAGCCUACUUGGACCGCUGACGAGAAUGAUGAAGACGUCCGCCGAAUGGUCAUCUCCCCCGGCAUGAUCGACCAGAAGGCGGACGUGCACCGGGACGCGCUCGGCCACUCGUACCACCAACUGCCCGACUACCAUGCUCUCUGCUACGUGACGACGUACUCGAACAUCUACGAAGCGUGCAAGGCUAGACCGUGCGACCGCAAGACUGGCGAGAAAUGCUUCUUCGGGGACCCGUGCUUCACGAUCUACAAGUGGUUCGAGCGACUGGAGGCCGCGACUGGGGUCUCGCGCAACGAUGGCGCCUACGAAUUCGAGUCAAGGGACGGAUUGCCGAAAAUCAUGAUGGUCAUUGCAUCCUCGGAUAAUGUGGAGGCCCUUCCGCGCCCCGCGGCGCGCAUCCAGGCGUUCAAGGAGUUCUUGCGCACGAAGAAGGAACCAAUGGUGAAGCAGAUGCAUCCUAUGGAAUCUGGUUCUGACUGGCACAGAAAUUGCCCAUCGACUAUCGAAUAUUCGUCCUCGACUGCGGACACAAUCGCGCGGACCGUGCGCGCAGAGAGCCCAGUCAUGAGUAUGCUUAGAGGCACGUUCUACGCUCAAUCAUCCGUGCACACCUCACACUCGAUCCUCAUAGCAUCCACCUGGACGUGCGACGAGAACGACGAAGAUGUUCGACGCAUGGCCAUCUCCCCCGGUUUGGUCAGCCAGAAAGCCGACGUACGCUGCGACUCGCUCGGUCAUCAUUAUGCGCAACUCCCCGACUACCAUGCUCUCUGCUACGCCAUCUCGUACACCAACAUAGUCAAGAUGUGCAAGGCAAGACCAGUAGAUCGUAGUGGUCAGAGGUGCGAUUACGGCGACGAGUGCUUCACCAUCUUCAAGUGGUUUGAGCGCUUGGAGGCAGCGACCGGGAUAGUGCGCGGCAGAGGGCUGCAUGAAUGCGAGCUCAAGAACGGGCAGCCAAUGAUCAUGAUGCUCGUUGCGUGCUCGGAUAAGGUGGACACUCUCUCGCGACCUGCUGCUCGCAUACGAGCGUUUCAGGAGUUUUUGGGAACCAAGAAAGAACCGAUGGUGAAGCGCUUCGUGCAGCCUCGGCUUUACAGCGACUGA